AUGUUGUUCCGUGCUGCAUGGACCCGUCAGGCCGCGCCUUUGAGGCGUCAGGCUUUUGCCCCCUUUGCUCGUCGCUCCGUCACCACCGACGCCGCUUCGUCGCAUGCUGAAAAUAUUCCGCAGGAGGACGACAAGCCGUUCACCGUCCGUCUCUCCGACGAGAGCUUCGAGACCUAUGAGCUCGACCCUCCCCCGUACACCCUCGAGGUCACCAAGAAGCAGCUGAAGCAGAUGUACUAUGAUAUGGUCUCGACACGGCGCAUGGAGAUGGCUGCCGACCGUCUUUACAAGGAGAAGAAGAUCAGAGGUUUCUGCCACUUGUCGACCGGUCAGGAGGCCGUCGCCACCGGUAUCGAGCAUGCCAUCACUCGCGACGAUAAGAUCAUCACCGCUUACCGUUGCCACGGUUUCGCCUACAUGCGUGGCGGUUCCGUUCGCUCCAUCAUCGGAGAACUCCUGGGUCGCCGUGACGGUAUCGCCUACGGCAAGGGCGGUUCCAUGCACAUGUUCGCCCCCAACUUCUACGGCGGUAACGGUAUCGUCGGUGCUCAGGUCCCUGUCGGUGCCGGUCUGGCUUUCGCCCAGCAGUACAACGAGGAGCCCACCACCAGCAUUGUCCUCUACGGUGACGGUGCUGCCAACCAGGGUCAGGUCUUCGAGGCCUUCAACAUGGCCAAGCUCUGGAAGCUCCCCGUUCUGUUCGGCUGUGAGAACAACAAGUACGGUAUGGGUACCUCCGCUGCCCGUUCCUCCGCCUUGACCGAGUACUACAAGCGUGGUCAGUACAUCCCCGGUAUCAAGGUCAACGGUAUGGAUGUCCUUGCCACCAAGGCCGCCGUCAAGUACGCCAAGGACUACGCCGUCGCCGGCAACGGUCCCCUGGUGUUCGAGUACGUCACCUACCGUUACGGAGGUCACUCCAUGUCCGACCCCGGUACCACCUACCGUAGCCGUGAGGAGAUCCAGCGCAUGCGCAGCACCAACGACCCCAUCGCCGGUCUCAAGCAGAAGAUCCUCGACUGGGGCGUCACGAGCGAGGACGAGCUCAAGAGCCUGGACAAGGCCGCUCGUGCCCACGUCGACGAGGAGGUCGCCAUCGCCGAGGCCAUGCCCGUCCCCGACAACACCUCCCGUAUCCUCUACGAGGACAUCUACGUCCGCGGCAGUGAGCCCCGGUGGAUGCGUGGCCGUACCGUCGACGAGACCUUCUACUACUAG